ACUGCUUGUAUCUUACGAUUUUUUAAAAAAAAUAACUGUUGUGGUGCUGUUAUCUGUGAUUGUGAUUAAAAAUUCCGCGUUAAAUCAAUGGAAACAAAUUUAAAUUAUAUUCUGAAUGAUAGGAAAAAACUACUGAUUCAUUUUUAGAAACAUUUUAAAAUUUAACCUCAAAAAUGUCCUUCUCAGUAAAAAAAAUACUACAUUUUCCACAAGGGGGUCUAAAUUACGUGCCCUUAUAUGAUACAAAUCCACAAUUCACCAAUGAUUUAAAAUUGUUAGGAGGGGUGUUCCAAGACACCCACUAUAUUUGGCAAGCCAAAGGGCCGGUUUUGGAAGUAAGAAACACAAAAUUGGGUCAUAAAGUUGGUGCAUGGGUUUUUGGAGGAAUCCUAAAAGAUUCGAACACAAAAAUUGUUUGUGUUGAAGAACUACAAAGACCGAAUGGGCGAAUUUCGCUCCUCGUAGUCGGCAUUGAAUGCACGAUAAGCGGUGGAAUUAUUUGUAUUUUUGAUGUUUUUAGUUCUAAGGUCGUAAGAGCCAUUCAAAUCAAAGAAAAGAUAUCAUCUCUGCAUGUGGUUGAUCCAGGAGUAGAAGAUCUAAAUUUACCUGGUCCUUUAAGAAACUUUGAUGGAAUUCUAGCUAUAGGUACACAAGGAGGCGAUGUAAUUUUAUUAGAUAUAUGUAGACAAAUAUGUGAGGAAUCAUUCCAUUUUCCAAUGAAAAAAGAUGAGCUUGACCCCUCUCAAAUUGUACUUCUAACAGCUAAGCAUAUUUCGAAAAUUGAACAUUAUAAAGAAAAAUCUGUUAGAGAUGGUAAACACCUUGGUAUUCAUUUGAAUGCUGUUUUUGAUAAUACCACAGACCAUUUUGUGCUUAAAGGUCCUCAAGGUGACGAUCAUAUACAUGUAAACAGAGAAGAAGUUUUAAUAAGUGCUGUAUAUUAUUGCUCACAACUCACUUCGUUAUUAAUAGGCUAUAAUUUUGGCGCCUUCCAGCUUUGGAAUCUAACCAGUCUAAAACUGGUUUACACAUCACCGGUUUGCGAUGAACAUAUACCGGUUACAAAUUUUGCUUUGCAAGAACCUACAGACGACCCGAGAGCGUUUUGUUACAUUUGGGUAUCAUACAGUAAUGCUGAGCCUUUCCAAGCAGGGUUGCCAUUUGCUGUAAUGUAUGCACUGUGUUAUGAAUCCAAAGAGUACCAUGAAGGUUAUGGGUACUUAUACCAAGAUUUCCAUUAUUGUAAUAUUAGAUAUCAGAUGGAAUUGGGGCACAUUGAAGAACAUAGGGCCAUAACAUUACCAAAAGGAGGUCAUUGUAUAGGAAUUCAACCAGUAACCAAACACUCUACCAGCAAAGAUUCUUUUUCACCUUCAACCGCAGGCGACACUUCAGCGCUUUGUCUCAUAUCCUGGACGGUUUGGUUUUCAAAAUCAGACACUCAAACCUGCUCUUUAAUUUUCGAUCUCAACCAAUGGUACAAAGAACAAAUGCCGACUUUUACGAAAUGGAAAAACUGCAACAAUUACAUCGUAAGGACGAGUCUCACUGAAUUGAUUGUAUUCAGCGGUCACAAACCAGCACCCAUAUUGAAAGUAUUGUUGAAUGAAAAAUCGUUGACCCAGUUCGUCGGGGUGCAAAAAUUGGAGGAACACUUUUUCCCCACUUCAUUCUCAUUUAAUUUGUGGAUUUUACGAGAAAACGACAUUAUCUUGGUACUUUCUCAAGGCUUGCAGAAAUCAUUGCUGGCCCAAAUCGAGUCGGCCGGUCCUUUGUGCCUUGUAAGACCGGCUGAUGUGUGUCGACAAGCCAUUGCUAUUGGUUUGACGCCGAUAUUCGUAGACACACUGUCUAGUAGAGCUCUAUCUAUCGAAUCGCAAAGAGAAUUCGUCUUAAAUGUAGCGUUGGAGCAUCAACUAAUAAGCUGGUUGUGCAAGUGCGCUUCCGAAUGGGCCAACGGUAGUUUUUCUUCGGCCGGUUGUUCUUUGGACUUCCUCAUAACGUGGGCUUUUCAAAGAGCCAUCGUUCUCAAGAAUAAUUGCGAUAAAUAUUGCGCUCCUCUUUUUGAUUACUCGCAAUCUAAGUUGGACGCCAAUACCAGCGUUCUGUUGAAUAGUUGUACGAGGCAGUUGAGUAGUUUGUGCGUUCUGUAUAAACACGUCGCUACGAAAUUAGGGAGCUACGUUAACUACAUGGAUGUGAUCAACGAGCAUUCGAAUAGAUUGGAGAUGGUUUCUAUGUAUUUUGAGGUUAUCCAAUGGCUCGUGAAUGUGGGGCUGCUUCCUGAAUGCCACCCCUCGACGUACCCCCGUCCCGAUAAUUCGGAAAGGAUCAGCGCACCCUAUCCCGUUCAAGAACUGACCGAAUACUAUAUCGAGAAACGCGCCGAGCUCUGUAUGAUGACCAAAGAAUCGUUUAAAUCCAGCGAGAGCUUAUUGUUUAUAGAUAAUUUGGUAAAUAGGAAGUGCGGCGGUAGCAAAUUAUUGAAUUUGUGGCAGGAAGAUGGAGGUAACGGUUUGUAUCCACCCCCGUCAUUGCAGUCUUUAGUAAGAACUUACUUGGUGGACGGGGCCAGUAUAAGUCACAAGCAUUCGUUGGUUAUUUAUUUGUUUUUGGAUUUAGCUAUGGCCCUCGAUCAGAGUAGGUAUUCAUCGGUGGUAACUCAUUUGAUAAAAUUCCCAGCGGUUUUCAAAGUAUCUCCAAGUCUAAUAAAAAUAACUCAAGCUUUUUGGCAGCUCGAUCACGGAGAUUUCACAACAGCGAUGGAUCAGCUCAUAGAUCCUUUCGUAUUGGGCGAGGAUCUUCAACCUUGGCACCACACUAUAGCAAUGAGGUCGCUGUUGAUCAACAAACAACCUAAUUUCGCUUUGUUGUACAUGAAGAUUAGAAAACCGCCAAUUUCGGAUGAAAAAGACGUUUUGACGGCCAUUAGUUUGUUCAUAGCUAAUAAAAUGUUCGAUGAAGCUUUUUAUUUUAAGAAGCAACACCAAAACAAUAACGGUGAUAAGUUAUUGACUCAUUUGUUCCAAGAAUGCACGAAAAACGACGCUCUACAUCUAGUUCUGUACAAAUCUUUGAAUACCGAUGAAGAAAAAACUUUUUUCAGUUAUUUGAAAUCCGUGCACAAUCCUACUGCUGAAGAUUUGCAGAUUUUCUACUACCUGUUGAGGUCAAGGUUCGUUGAGGCUUUUGAUACGCAUUCGGAUAUAAGAAGGAAGGGGCACGAUCGGAAGGGUCUUAUAGGACAAAGACAGGCCACGAAAACCGACCAGAUUGUUAAGAUUUUCAAAACGUUACUGCCCGAAGUUAAUAAGAAUUUGGUCGAUUAUAUAAGAAGGGAGAGAAACAAUUUAUGGAAAGAAGUUCAAAGACCUACACCGAUGUCGGUAUUUGUCCAUAAUACGCAGGAACAGGUUCAAUAUAAAUCUACUUUAAUCCACGCAGCGUUGGCUAAAGCCAAGCAUACUUUCCCAAACAGUUUUACCGAAAAAACGAUAACCGAAGAAACGCCGUUUAUAAGAACGCCCACCAUCACCAAAAACGGCAGACGAUUAACAAAUUUAGUUAUAACCCCAAAAAUUAUAGACGACAACGACGUAGACGAUAUUUCGGCACCGUCGCCUUGUAAAAGAAUGAGGCUGAGCCCCAGAUUAUCCACGGCUGAAUUGAAUUCACCGCUAAAAACGAACGCUCAACAAAUUACGCGGAUGUCUAUGGUUAAAAGAAAACUGUCUCUACAACAUGAUAACACGCUUCAAAAUAGUCGUACUAGUCUUGGUACUCCCCAAAGCAUUCUAAAAGUUAGAAACCUUGUUCAAAAUCGAGACAGCAUUGCAGAUAACACAUUCUCAGAAGAAAUCCAUGAUUAUGAAGCUCUUACGGAUCCUUUGUUCCAUAGUACUGGUUUGCGGCUACAACCUAGAGCCUCCAUCUCUCAAACAUCCAAGCACCAGCACGUCCAAUUCGACAAAACCACUCGUUUCUCUUCAUCACUCAGCGACCAACAUGAUGUGACGACUUCUUCUGGAGACUUGAAUCACCUCAGAUCGUCUCUAUCUUCCAAAGAUAUUAGCGCUGUGGCGUCGACUGUUGAAGACGACGAAGUAAGCGAUGAAGUAUUUUACUCUCCUAAUAAUUCUGCAGAAGAUAAAAAAAUUGAAACUGUUGUUACAACUCCUAGCACAAAUGAGGUUAAAGAAAUACCAAAAGAAAAUGUAAUUGAAACCAGUGAAGAAAUAAAAGAAUCCGAUGAGAUUGUAGUGAGGUCUCCGAGAGGCAGAAGAAGUUACAAACGGUCUUUGGGAGAUUCAUCACCGGUGAGAUCAAGUCCACGAUUAUCAAAAUUGGAAUCAAAGAAAUCCGAAGACGAGGAAAAUAUGAACAAAUCAUCCCCAAUGUCUGAAAAAUCUUCAAUCAGUGACGACUGGGUAUCAUCACCCAAACCGAAACCUGCACCGAAAAUCAAAGGAAGAAAGUCUCUAAGUCGUCAAGUUCUCGAACACAACACUUUCUCGAAAAGAUUCGACUCCUUCCGAAAGGAAUCUGUAACUUCGAAAGAAGUAUCCUUUACGAAAACCGAAAAUAUUACCGUUACGGAAAUUUCGCCGGAAAAAUCGAAAGUGACCAGCGUGAACUCUAAUAUUCAAAUUGUCGAUAAAGAAUCGUUUGAAAAAGAUUCGCAAACAACAAAGUCCCAUUCGGUUAGCGGUUAUGUUACGAAGAAACAGAACCUGGAGAGUACUACGUUUACAGAUUCUACAUUUUCAGAUUCUUCUUUUAGUUUCGAAUACGAGCAAGACGAAACAGAUUUAUCUGAUUAUUCGCAAGAAUAUGACAGCUAUAAGAAGAACAACGAACCGAUUACAACCGAUAAAAGACUAACUAAAAUUCAAUUAGAUUUUGAUGAGGAUGAAACUGUUAAAACAGAAGCUCACGAAGAAAGUGAAAGUUUCGAUAUUGCAUUAAAAGAAGAAGAUCCCAAAGAAAAGGAAAUAUCCGAUAUUGCAUUGAAAGAAGAAGAAGAAGAAGAAGAAUCGCAACGUCAAACAGAAGAAACGCAAGAACUGGAACAAAACCACGAAGAAAAUGAAAUAGAAAUAGUGGAAGACGUUCAAAUAGUUUCUCAAGAAGAUGUGCAAGAAGUUAAUAUUGUAAAAAACGCCGAUCCUUUAAGCGAGUGUAUUAUUACUGAACCAAUCGAAGAAUCGGUUUUCGCAACAUUAAUUCCAGUUCAAUCGCGAGUCAACCAAAAUGUCCCUCCUUUCCAAGACGAUGCCGAGCUACCUUCCAAAGACGUCUACGAAGACAUUUACGACGUCAACGAAGAUUACAAGGAACUAUCCGAGGAGGAAGAAGAAAGAUCGUAUAAUGAAUUGGAAAUGAACAUUUUCGGAUUGGAAGAGGAAACCAGACGAGAUACAAUGUACUCCAUGGAUCCGGAGAGCGAUAGUUGUGACGUACCCGACAUAGAAAAGGGUUUCAUUGCCGAUUCUUUGGUCACGCCCGAAACCGUUGAAAAUGACGUCGUCGUUAUAAUUAGUGACGACGAAAAAAGCUCUUCAGAUUACAGCGAUUCGUCUAGCUCCAAAAGCGAAAGUAAUUCCGGUUAUAGCAAUACAACAGAAGAAAAUCAAGUUGAAUUUAAUGAUAAUUCGAAUGACGCAUCUGAAGAAAAAUCUCCUUCCGAGGAAGGAAAACUCAUAAUUGAUGAAAGCGAAAAGAACGAUAUUUCUGAAGGUGCGAAAAUUGUAGAUAUUGCUACAAAUACGACUCUAGUAGAUCAUUUAGAGACUGAACGAAUUCCAGAUGUAACUGGAGAGAAAAUCGAAGAUAUCGUUACAAAUACGAAUCAAGUAGAUGAUUUAAAGACUGAACGAAUUGAAGAUGCAACUGAAAAAGAUGUUAAAACAUCUGCGGGGCCAGAAACACAAAAAUUAGAAACCUCAGAGAGGAACACAUCUGAAGAUUGCGAAAGAGAAGAAGUAGAAACAUCGACAACAGAAAAAUUAAAAAUCUUAGAUCCCGAAAUAGAAAAAGAAACCUCAAAAAAGAUAGAAGAUGUUAAAAAACCGGAAGAUACUUUAAAUCAACCCGCAAUUACGUUGGAGAGCGAAAAAAAACUAUCAAAAGCAGAAGAACCAACGGUUAACGAAGAUGGCGCAAUUUUACAACCAGUUAACCUAUUCGAAUCGGCUGUUAUUAGUACAGAUACCAUUCUAGAAACGGACAUCGAACCGAUAAUGGAACGAAAAGUCAAUCUUUCAAAAGGCGGCAAACGACAUUUCGCCGAUGAUCAUACGACCUCGUCUUCAGAUACCACAGAAGGGGAAACGUUCAGAAAGGAAGUGGUGACGGUUCAAGUUCAUACAUCCGAUAAGGAUAAAAAGGAGGAAACUCCCGCGGCGAAGAUGAGGACGAGGCAGGACGAUGCGCCUACUCAAUUGGCGAAUAUCGAUGAUAAAAGUGCUAAGAUCGUUGUGGAUAAGAAAAAAGAGCUGGUUUCAGCCAGACGAACACGCCGAUGUUUUUCUACGUCCGACACGCCCGCCAGAUCUACUACCAGCAGACUGAUCUCUCAGGAUAAAAUAGAUUGCGACCCGAACGACUCUCCCCAAUUGGUCAACGACGGUUCCAAUUUUGCCGUAAAUUUGACGUUGCGAAGGAAACGUAGUGCCAGCGUCGACAUGGUUCGCACGUUCUCCCGCCAGGUGACGCCCAAACGUAAUGAAUCGACGAGCGAAGUUAAAGAGAAGAGUGGCGAAAAAAAGGGAAUGUCGGUAUCGAACAUGCCCGUGAUAUCGGAAGAGACUCCCGAUGGGCAGGCGAAGACGCCCAGGAAGGCGAAGAGUACCACCAGCUCAUACACGUCUGCACGAAGGUUAACUAGGCGACAGGCGAAUAUCAUAAAAGAUGUUGCUAGUGCAUCUACAGACGAGAUUAGACCUAAAAUUUCAUUGGACGUAGACGACAUAGAUCCUAUUAAGUUGUUAGACUUGGAUUCGUUUGAAGGAAAACCGGACCCAGACGAAAAAAAUGUCUACGAAUCACCCUCGCCGUCGACGAGCGCGACCUCACAAACGAACAAAAGAAGAAGAAGCCGAUCGAAUUCAAUCGCGACUGAAAUUUCGACGUCCCCCUCGCACUUAAAAACAAAAAGAGGCGGUAGAACGACCAGGAGUCAAACUAAAAGCCCAGUUUCAACAGGAGUAUCUACGAGAUCUAGAAAAUAUUCCGAGACCAGUUCAGUAAUAUCGGAACACUCUGAAACCUCCACGACUCCAAAAAGAGCCGGAAAAAAGAAGUUGGGCGAGAACAGCGAAGCUCCGAGUAGCGCGAGAAGGACUAGAAGCAGAACCGCUUCGAUUUCUUCCGACAAAUCGGAUGUAUCGAAUUCUUCAAGGACGGUAGUUAGAGCUAGACGAGGGGUUGCUGCUAAAUCGGAUCUGCCGGAAAUUGAGGAAGAGAAAGUUAACGAAAAUGUCGAUGACGCGUCAGCUCCAAAAAAGAAAAUGAAAAGUAAGAAAAAGACGUAAACUAUUUUAUUUUGAUUAGUUAUUAGGGUAUUUAAGAUAAAGUUACUUCCUAGUGGACGCGCCGAAGAGAUGCAGCAAUAAAACUGCGUAAUCGACAAGCGUUAAGGGCUGGGUCAUUGAACUCUUCUUUGACGACCAGGUUAUUGGCCAGGAGCAGUUUUUUCGUAGAUUAUUAUGGGAGAUACUGUGAAUGUUUGUCGAUAAACUAAAACACUUGUCCAGUCGUUGAUUCCUCAUCUAUUUCUGACGAUUCUCAGACGGCAAUCUGACACUCAUUUUAGGUUGAAGUGCACGUGAUUUCUGAAUCUCUUCGGUACGGCGACUAUAGUAGAUUGUAAUAAUUUUGUAUAUAUAUAUGUUAGAAGAAAGUUAUCACGGAUUUUUCCCCAGGCUAAAAAAUAAUUUAUUGUGUAUUGGUUCUGUGUAAGUGUUAAUUGUUAUUAAGUUUUUUGUACAAUAAAAAAUUGUCG